AGCGCCUUGUAACGUGCGAGGCUGCAUUCACUCCCCAACUCUCGGCUCGUCUCCCUCUCCGCCUGCGCAAUGUAUUAAUGAAGAGCCCGUAAAGUGUUAAAUGUUUGAAAUACAAAACCGCCGAAUUUCACAUGCUGAAAAAGGACUCCGCUACUCGUGCGCGCGGCACUGGUGUGUCUGUGCAAUAGACUGCAAAGAAAAACUACUCUCACACGCCUGCAAGUCCGCGGCUGCAAAAAGGACUCUGAAAAGCUGUUUUUCAGUUUCAAGACAAACGCUUAAAAAUCAAACUGGCUCACGUUCUUCCAAACCAACCCAGUUUGACAGCUGCUCUUCACCCCACUUGGAGGACUGUCAGCAGCAGCAAGAGGAUGGCAUCAGAGCUGGCAAUGAGCAACUCCGACCUGCCCACCAGUCCCCUGGCCAUGGAAUAUGUUAAUGACUUCGAUCUGAUGAAGUUUGAAGUGAAAAAGGAGCCGGUGGAGCCCGAUCGCAACAUCAGCCAGUGCAGUCGCCUUAUCGCCGGGGGAUCCUUGUCUUCCACCCCGAUGAGCACGCCGUGCAGCUCGGUGCCCCCUUCCCCAAGCUUCUCGGCGCCCAGUCCGGGCUCGGGGAGCGAACAGAAGGCACACAUAGAGGAUUUCUACUGGAUGUCCGGUUAUCAACAGCAGUUGAAUCCAGAGGCGCUGGGCUUCAGCCCCGAAGACGCAGUCGAGGCGCUGAUCAACAGCAGUCACCAGCUCCAGUCUUUCGAUGGCUAUGCCAGGGGCCAGCAGUUUGCUGGCGGAGCCGGAGCAGGAGGCACCAUGGCCGGGGAAGAGAUGGGGUCCGCCGCAGCGGUGGUUUCGGCAGUUAUCGCUGCGGCAGCUGCUCAGAACGGAGUUCCACACCACCACCACCACCAUCACCACCACAGCAACAACCAUCACCAGUCACCUGGCUCCCAGUCCAACGGCACUUCUGGGUCACUUCACCCACACAUGCGCUUGGAUGACCGGUUUUCAGACGACCAGCUGGUCAACAUGUCAGUGAGAGAGCUCAACCGGCAGCUACGGGGGGUCAGCAAGGAAGAAGUGAUCAGAUUGAAACAGAAGAGGAGGACUCUAAAGAACAGAGGCUACGCGCAGUCCUGCCGGUACAAGCGGGUCCAGCAGCGGCACGUCCUGGAGGGGGAGAAGUCGCAUCUCGUCCAGCAGGUCGAUCACCUAAAGCAGGAGAUCUCCAGGCUGGUCCGGGAGAGGGACGCGUACAAAGAAAAGUAUGAAAAGCUCAUCAGCAACGGCUUCAGAGAAAAUGGAUCCAGCAGCGACAACAACCCUUCAUCCCCAGAAUUUUUCAUGUGAGUCUCGACAUUAUCGUGAAAAAAAGAAUAUCAGUUGGGUUACUCACCCCGCUAACAAAAGUUUUCAAUAUGAAACUUUUUUUUUUGUUGGCGAAAAUGCCUAGACCAAGAACUAAUUUGUCAACUUUUUAUUUUUAUUAUUUUAAACAUACUUUUUUUUUGAGGGCUUUGUCACCCAUGUUUAUUUUUAUUUUGGAGAAGCAUAGAAAACGUUUAUCUACUUUUUGCUAUCAUACUCAAAAUAUUAUGCAUAGCCUGCCUGUCAAUAUUUUUUUCAUCGUUGUUCAUAAGAUUUUCAUUGUUUGAGUAAAAUAUGAUUUUUAAAAGUUGAUCCAACUUUAUGCUGCAGUAUACUUGUGCAUGCAAGCACUAAGUAUAGCUACAGCUUCGAAGUUCUUCAACCUACACUUUUUCAUAAUUUGACUUUGAAUUCAAUGUACAGAAAACUGUAUCCAUCGACAAUAUGUUUUCGGUCUUUUUUUUACCUUUCUUUUUUUCGUCUGCCAAACUUGGAGGAUUGCGAGCCUGCCGUUUGACGCCACCUCAUCUCAUGCGUUUGCUUGCUUUUGUGUUGAGCAACAAAAGACUAUAUUCAUUACAAACUAUUCAUUGUUUUUUAUUAUAAUUUUUUUUUAAGAAAAUGUAAAUUGAACUUUCCUGCAUGCUGGACAUGUAUGGUUUUUAUUUUCUUUAUGUGCUUGAAUAUGUCAUUUUUGUCAGAUGAGCAUGGCAUUCAUACAUUCAUUUAUGACCUCCUCACUUUUUGGGGACAGCAGCAAAAAAGUGACAGGACUUCCCACCCCCCCCUUACACAAGUGCAUUUCAGCUGUGUUGAAGUGCACCACCAGCGGCUGUCAUUAGGCUGCAGUGAAUGCGCUAUGCAUUCCAGAUGGAAGUUGAUCGGCGGGGAUCCCGGUGCGAGGGAAAAAAGAAAAUCCACGAUCCCUUCCCUGAAAGUUUAGUCUGUUGGCUAAAGCCUAUAUUGCUAUUUAAAUAUAUUCCACUCUGCUUAUGACACACUUCGAAUAAUUGUAAUGCAUAAUUUAAGUACAGAGUUUUAUAGGUUGCAAAAGAUAACGUGCUACAGGUUAAAGCACAUAUAUAAUAGGAUAAUAAGGUUGCUGCACAAAAGUAUUUUUAACGAUGGUUGAGAAAAGUUGGCUCGGCUCCAAUUCAUAGGCUAGAAUGAGCAGUAUUGUGCAGUGCAUAAACAGCGCUUUUGCAGCAUGUGUUUGAAUCAGAGAUGUCAACAUUAUAUUGGUCACCGGCACACAUUUCACUACUGUAUUUCAUAAAAGCCUUGUGGGGAAAAGUAAAAGUAAAUUGCCAUGCUUUUUGGAAAUGAGUGUUUUCACGAUCUGACUUAUUUUAGACUGAAAUGCAAACAUCAUCCUCGCUGUUAUCAUGUGGGAGUCAAGAAGAAAGUUAGUAGCUAUUGUCCACAUCUGAACAUAUACGUUUGGCAUUCUAUUACGACUUACUCGUAACAUUUUGAUACUUUAUUAUCAGAUCAGGAGAUAUUUGUUUUGUCUCUAACGAACUCAAUAUUUGCAAAGCAAUAACAAUUAUUAUAUUCAAUAAUGUCUGGACAUUGUUUAGAUCGUCAGGGAUUGACACCCUGCAUGUGCAAAAUGAGGGAGUAUCAUUCGCCAAUAAAUCUUGAAAAUAUGUUGAUUAAUCUUUCCUCUUAUAAAUAGUAUAUAUAUAUAUAUAUAUAUUUUGCUGUGCAAAAUUAUUUCACUCACUAACCAUAUGUGAUGUUCAUAUGUGCUCGUUUUUUUCAUUUCAUACAAU